AGCUGAGACUCCUCCCUCGCCCCUGCCUUUUUCACUGGGCCAACCCGUCUGUCUUUCUUUUCGACAUCAUGGCGGACCGGUUCAAUAAGGUUCUGCUUAUCGAUGGCAGGGGCCAUCUCCUUGGGCGACUUGCUGCCAUCGUGGCGAAGCAGGUCUUGAUGGGCCACAAAGUGGUGAUUGUGAGAUGCGAGGGAAUCAACAUCUCCGGAAACUUUUACCGCAACAAAUUGAAGUACUUGGCCUUCCUGCGCAAGAGGAUGAACACCAACCCCUCUAGGGGACCAUACCACUUCAGAGCUCCAAGCAGGAUCUUCUGGAGGACUGUCAGAGGUAUGCUUCCUCACAAGACCAAGAGGGGACAGGCUGCUCUUGACAGGCUAAAGGUGUUUGACGGGAUUCCCCCUCCUUAUGACAAGAGGCAGCGUAUGGUGGUCCCAGCCGCUCUGAAAAUUGUGCGCCUGAAGCCUACACGUAAGUUUGCUCUUCUUGGACGCCUGGCGCAUGAGGUUGGCUGGAAGUACCAGGCCAUCACUAGCACGCUGGAGGAGAAGAGGAAAGCCAAGGCCAAGCUUCACUAUGCUAAAAAGAAGACUCUGGUCAAGCUGACCAAGCAGGCAGAGAAGAACGUCGAGAGCAGGAUUGCUCAGUACACAGAUGUUCUGAAACAGUAUGGUGUCCUUGUGUGAGGGAGUUCGACGGACAACAAUAAAUGUUUAUUAAAAUAA